AUGGAUGUACUAAAAGUAAUUUUCGUCGUACUUCUCGUUAUCGUUUUUGGUAUGAGUGUUGCUUCUUGUUCUUACUCUACGUAUCGCUGGAUUCGCGAGCAACGUCGGAUUGCAAAUGUUGAAGAAGAGAUUAAGGCUUUUGAUGCGUUGAUUGAAGAGGCAAACAAGGUCAAUCCACAAGCAGCAUCCACUAUUGACGGGCAACAACGAGUACUACAACCAAAUUGUACUUGCAACGCUCGGCUACCACGACCCGAUCCUGCCGUAAUGCCUCGACUCACUGCUCACUCGAGCCUCACAUACAUGGCGAAAAGUUUGCGUUCAAAAUUCAAAAGGAAGAUGCGUGCCAUUGCAAGGGUUAAAAAGGAGCCAAAGGUACUGAAGAAGUUGGAGGAGACAUUGGCGAAGAAAACAAUUGAGGAAAUUAACGCUUCAACGAGUGUUGAAAAUGAUGCUACAAUGGAAACCGACAGCUCAACAAAGGCAACGAUCAAUUUGAAAACAAUGAGAAAGGCUGACGGAAAUUUUCCAAAGUGGAUGAGCGCAAGAAAAGUCAAACAAGUGAAAGCCUCCAAUAAGAAAGUGCAGAAGAACAAGAAAAAGAAGAAUCGA